AUGCUAAUUUCUCGUCGUGCACAAGUUGCUGUUUUAACGAUGACUAGUUGUCCAUACAAUAUUAUGUCAUACAACACACCAAUUGAAGUUAGUACAUUUUUUACUAGAUUAAAAGUUUUAAACUUUCCAACAAAUUAUAGUACAUUACAAGCCAAAACCCUUCCAACAACUCUACCACUUAUUUUCAGAAAUAUUGACUCACGAUUUUUUCAACAAUUUUUAUUCAAUCGAUUUGGUCAACAUAUUUUAAGAGUUAGUUUACAAAAAACCUUUAUUACUAAAUUACCAAAAUACAUUCAUUUAUUAGUCAACAUUAAAACACUUGUAUUAUUGGAAUCGUAUCAUCCUGAAGUGAUUUUAAUUAUGGAAAAAACAAAAGCCCAAAAAUGUAUUUUAUAUUGUGGAAUAGCUGAACUUAAAUCUAUUGUUUCUCGAUUUAAUUUUAAAAAGAAUUCUAUUUCAAAAUUCAUAUUUAUUGUAGAGAAAUGUGUUUAUACAGAAGAACUUACUAAUAUAUGUAAAGAUAUACCUUCUAAACAUCAAGUAUUUGUUAAUUUUUUAUCUUAUUCAACAAAACAAUUUUCAUUUAUUCCAAGAUUAAGACAACCAUUUAUAACUUCUAUUCUUACUGAUGUUAUUGAUAAAGAUGACAUGUUUAUUAAGAAAACAAUUAAUAAAGCACAAAUUCAAUCAAUAAAAAUUAUUGAUACAAUUAAAGAAAUAGAUUAUUGUAGUCAAAAAUCAUUUAAUAUUAAUUUUGAUUCAAUUAUAUCUGUUUAUAUCGCUUGUAAACAAUCAUCGCCAUUUAUUAUUGGAAAGAUUGUAAAAGAUUUAAUGGUUGAAGAAUUUCAUGGACCUUUAAUAUGUGAUGAAGCACAAUUACAAGAUAUUAACAUAAAAAAAUAUUUUAAUGGUUUACUAUUUAUUGAUGACACUAAAUUAAAACAUGUUUCAAUUUCAGAAUUACUUUUUAUAACUUGGAAACAUUGUAAUGAAUUGAUGAAAAAUAUAAUAUUUAUCUCAAAUUUAUUACUUAAUUCAAAUCAAAUGAAUGACAUUGGUACACCAUCAAAGAAUAUUAAAGUAAUAUUUGAAUGUGAUAAUUCUCUUAUUCUUCCAUGUUUUGAUCAUAUUUUCUUUGGAAAUAAAUCAUUAUCCAUUUCAUUUACUCAUUUUAAUGCUUUGCAUUUUAAUACAUUUCCAAUUGAUUCAUUAACUGCAUCAUAUUGGAUUGGAGAAUAUGUUGAUUUUUCUUGUAUGAAAAGAGUAUCAUUAAAAAGUUGUACAAUAAAACAAUUACUCUUUCAAAAGAAUAUUUUUGAAUCAAUUGAAUUAACACAAUGUAGUAUUGAAACUAUUAUUAUAAACUCUUCUAAUUUAAUUAAUUUAGAAAAAUCAAUAUUUCAAAAUAUUAUUAUUGAAUUUGUAUCAUAUUGUACAAUGACACAAGUUAAAAGUGUAUUAUGUCAAUUAAAAGAAUGUUCAUCCUUUAUUAAAAAGGAUUGUUUAUUUAAAAAAAUAGAAUGUAAUUUGAAUUAUUCUAACUAAAUUCCUUCAUUUAUAAUUCCAUUAUGUUUACUUCUUAAUGCAUUCAGCAUACCCUGACUCUCUCAUAUUUUCCAUUGAACAAAGUUUUUGUUUUCUACAAUUUCCUUCACAAGAAUUUGGUAGUUCAGUUGAAAAAUGUUUCAUGAAUUUACUCCAUGCAACAUUAUCAUUCUUUAACAUAUAAUGUAAUCUACCAAUUUCAGAAUUACCAAGAUUAACUAAUCCAUAUUCUUCUUGAGUAUUAUAACUUUUGACCCAAGUAUAUUUAUGUUCUGCAUUACAUUGAUCAAGAUUAAGAUAGUAUGUUGUAUAAUCAAUAAUAUGUUGAUCAUUGAAUUUAUAUAAUCUUAAAGAAGGAUUUGAUCCUUUUGGAGUCAUUGCUGGAUUAAUAAUUACACUAUAAAAUGGAUCUUCACCAGGAUAUAAACGAUAUCCUUCAAUAUGAUUAUGACCAGCUAAGUGACCAAUAAUAACAUCAGAAUAUUCUUUAUAUAAUUCUAAGAAAUCCCGAGUGAAA